AUGGCACCGGAACGACACCGGUCUAGAGUCGAAAAGGCACGACAAAUCCUCGCCAGCGGCGCCGUCUCGCGCGAAGACUCCGACGACGAGCUGGGCUACGAAGACCAUCCAUGGGAAUGGAUCUACGAAGACGCAUCCGAUGCGCAACCCUCACAGAAUGCGACGCCACGAAAACGCAAGGCAGCUUCCGCCAGCUCCGGCAGGCGCAUUGUCGGAGCUCGCAUGGGCACCUUUGUGUGCAAAUUGGGAGACGCCGUGCUCUUGAAAGCAGAGGGCAACCAGGCCUGGGUCGGCCUUCUAUGCGGCUUCUUCGAAGAUGAGGACGAGGACAACGAAAAGAUGGCAAGGUUCAUGUGGUUCGCUUCGGAGGGAGAGAUCCGCAGCAAGAGCACGAAGCGGACCGACUUUCUACCUAACGAAUUGUACAUAUCGCCCGCUUUCGACGACAACGAACUCACAACGAUCAACGGUACCGCCAAAAUCGUUUCGCACGACGAGUUCAAGCGCCUAUACCCAAGCGGCCAGGUCAAGAAGUCAUCCAAGGACUACGGCAAGAUCUUCGUAUGCAGGAGAGGCUGCAACACUAGGACCACAACGUAUACUCCAGAGUUCGUUUGGGAAGACGUGUAUCAGGGCGCGAAGGAUCUCUCAUCCUUGAGUGAGUUUGUCGAAAGUCAGACCAAAGCCACUCGCAAGCGCGGGCGCCCACGGAAAGACACUGCGGAUCUGGAUGACUUCGUGGCCCCAGACUCUGACGACGACGGGGCGCCCAAAACACCCAGGAAGCGCCGCAAAUUGGGCGAUGCUACGACACCGACGUCGACCAGGAAGAGCCCAGCUGCGCGCAAGUUCCUUACGCCGACACACAAACGCAUAGUGAUCAAAAAACAACUCGAGUUCACCCCUCUCGGGACCCGAGUUCUCUCCCCCUCAGCCAUAUCCUCGCCGUUCCAGAUUGCUCGGAAUCAGCUGCACGUUUCAUCUGUACCCGCCGCACUCCCUUGUCGCGAAGAAGAGUUCUCCACAGUCUACAGUCAUCUAGAAGCAGCGAUCACAGAUGGCUCGGGCUCAUGCAUCUACAUCUCCGGUACGCCCGGCACUGGUAAGACUGCUACCGUGCGAGAGGUCGUGGCACAGCUGCAGGCGUCAGUGCUAGCCGAAGAGUUGGACGAUUUCAUAUUCGUCGAAAUCAACGGCAUGAAGGUCACGGAUCCUCAUCAGUCCUAUUCGCUCCUCUGGCAAGCUUUGCGCAAUGAUCGCGUCAGCCCGUCGCAUGCACUGGAGCUUCUAGAACGGGAGUUUUCGACCCCAAGUCCGCGGCGUGUACCUUGCGUCGUCCUAAUGGACGAAUUAGACCAGCUGGUUACCAAGAACCAGUCCGUCAUGUAUAAUUUCUUCAACUGGCCCGGGCUGCGGCACAGUAGAUUGAUUGUUCUCGCCGUUGCCAACACCAUGGAUUUACCGGAGCGAACGUUGAGCAAUAAGAUUAGCAGUCGUCUUGGGUAUACGCAUGAUCAAUUAACACAAAUCAUACAGUCCCGACUGGAAGGUGUGCCUGGCAACAUAGUCCACCCAGAUGCCGUGCAAUUUGCGGCACGUAAAGUGGCGGCGGUGAGCGGCGAUGCUCGCCGUGCGCUCGAUAUCUGCAGGCGCGCAGUCGAGAUUGCGGAGACAGAGGCAGCAGAACAAGAGGCCGAGGGCGAAGAGGGCCAGCCCCCAACCCCUAGCCGUACGGGGCGUAACAAAGGCAAGGCAGGCACCCGGCCCCCCAAAGACACCGGUGAAUCGGGAACUGCACAACAGAAACGUGCAGGCCCCGGCAGCAAGAAAGGUGAGGUAACGUGGGCGACGAUCAGACAAGCCAUCAACGAGGCCACGAGCAGUCCCCUGCAGGUGGCUCUGCGGGCCUUACCGCUGGCAUCUAAGAUCUUUCUCGCAGCCCUCUUGACGCGCAUCCGGCGUACGGGCAUCGGUGAGGCCGUGCUUGGAGACGUCGUCGAUGAAGUCAAGAGGUUGGGAUUGAUGAGCCAGCUGCAGCCGAUACAAGACUACCUUCUUUUGGCUGAGAACGGCGAGGAAGGCACAGGCGCCACAACGCAAUCCCACUCCACAACACCCAUGAAGCUUGACGAUGGCAUUUCGAAACGGGCCAAUGAAAAGGCCGCACGCGCAUUAGGCAUCGCUUCCGCUGCUGCAGAGCUCACAGAAGCGGGGAUCAUUGGUACAGAAAUCCGACAUGGGGAGCGUGUUGGACGGGUGCGUUUGGGGGUCGCCGAGGACGAAGUGCGGCUCGCUCUAGGCGACGAUGUCGAGGUCAAGGGCCUCGUCCCGACCUGA